CCCGCCUCUAUCAGUGAGGUAAUCAAGGCUUUAUAGGCGGCAAGGCUCGUCUGGGCGCAGCAAUCCCUCCACCACCAGCAGUGCUUUAUAACGGUCCUCCUUUUCUCUUCAUCCAUCACCAUGAGCGCCUCCGGUCCUCUGCAGCUCGGCCUCAUUAACUGUAACAAUAAGUACCUGACCGCCGAGAGCUUCGGCUUCAAAAUCAAUGCGUCCGCUUCCAGCCUGAAGAAGAAGCAGGUAUGGACCCUGGAGCCGGUGGGCGAGGAGGCGGUGCUGCUCCGGAGCCACUUAGGCCGGUAUCUGUCUGCGGACAAGGAUGGCCGGGUGUUCGGGGAAGCGGAGAGCCAAGACUCGGAGUGCCGCUUCUUGGUCAGCGCUCAGGGGGACGGACGCUGGGUGCUCCAGUCUGAGGCGUACGGCCGCUACCUGGGGGGAAGUGAGGACCGGAUCAGCUGCUUCUCCCCCUCCGUGUCCCCGGCUGAGAAGUGGGGCGUCCACCUGGCCAUGCACCCCCAGGUCACCAUCUUCUCGGUGACUCGGAAGAGGUACGCCCGUCUGGGGGCCAACGGAGAGGAGCUGUCCGUGGAGCGGGAUGUGCCCUGGGGGCUGGACUCGCUCAUCACCCUGAUCUUCCAGGAGAACCGCUACAGCAUCCAGACCCCUGACCACCGACUGCUGGCAUUGGACGGCACCCUCAGAACCGAGCCUGACCCGGACACCAGGUUCACCCUGGACAUUUCUGCCGGGAAGGUGGCCUUCAGGGUCAACGAUGGCCGCUACCUCACCCCCUCCGGGCCCAGCGGAACCCUCAAAGCUGGCAAGAACAGCAAGGUGGGCCGAGACGAGCUCUUCGUGCUGGAGAGGAGCUGUCCUCAGGUGGUGCUCACUGCCGGCAAUGGACGGAACGUGUCCACCAGACAAGGGAUGGAUCUCUCAGCCAAUCAAGAUGAGGAGAGUGACCAGGAGACUUUUCAAUUGGAAAUCAACAAGGACACAAAGAAAUGCGCUUUUAGGACUCAUACUGGAAAGUACUGGACCCUUUCAAAUAAUGGUGGCAUCCAAGCUACGGCUUCAACACUAAAUGACCAGUGUUACUUUGACAUUGAUUGGUGUGAUCGACGGAUAACUUUAAGAGCAGCAAAUGGAAAAUAUGUGACGGCUAAGAAGAAUGGACAGUUGGCAGCAUCUGUGGAUUCUCCCGUGGAAACUGAGAAUUUCUUGAUGAAACUUAUCAACCGUCCGCUAAUUGUCCUAAGGGGAGAACAUGGAUUCAUAGGCUGUCGUAAAAUGACUGGGACCCUCGAUUCAAACCGCUCAAUUUAUGAUGUCUUUCAACUGGAAUUUAAUGAUGGGGCCUACAGCCUCAAAGAUUCCACAGGAAAAUACUGGACUGUAGGCAGUGAUACAUCUGUUACCAGCAGUAGUUCUUCCCCUGUUGAUUUCUUCUUUGAAUUCUAUGACCAGAAUAAGGUAGCGAUCAAGGUGAAUGGCCUCUACCUGAAGGGUGAUCAUGCUGGAGUUUUGAAAGCCAAUGCAGAAUCUGUUGACUCGUCCAGCCUGUGGGAAUACUAAAAACCUGGAACCUGUGGCCUCCAACUUUAGCUGAAUCUCUUAUGGUUGGGUACAAAAAAUGUAAAUGUGUUACUUGUCGCUCUGCAUGUGCAGGGCAUUACGCAAAGCUUUGUUUACUGGAGAGGUUGUUAUUUCAGUUUAAUCUUAUAAACCUUCUAUAGCUCAACAGGAUCUGCUCCUGUCAGUGAUUAGGUCAAAACUAUUUGCCCUCUAAAGGGCACAAAUUGAGGUAAAUGCACCAUUGUUCAUAGCACAUCCUAAUAGAAUAAACUGCUACCUCUUUUUCCAAAGUUUUUUAUGGAAUAUGAUCUUGGCACCAAAGUUCAGAAUAUACUUUAGCCUGGGUUACCUUCUAUAAUACCGUUUUAACAAUCUUGAGGAGCGGUUGUACAUUGUAACCCUAACAACUGAAGCUUCCUUCUUACAAACUGCACACAAAGCACUACAGAAGAGUAAACGUUGGUUGAGAUGUUCUACAUGGAAGGCUCGGAUUCAUAGUGCUGGAAACGGCUUGGUGUAGACGGGUCUUUCUGAUCCCUGUAGUAUCUCGCAUCCACCUCCCAAAGGAAGUGUGGUGCUGCUAGGAUGAGAAACCAUAUUGUUACCAUGGAGCUGCCUUGAAGUACCAAGAAUCUAGUGAAAGUUAAGGGUGCAUAGUCUGAUAUAAAUUCUCCUUUUGUGUAUAGACAGAUGUUUCCUGUGCAAGUCUCCUGCCCCUACACACAACUAUACACAAGGGAGAUGAGAACUACCUCCAACGGGGAUUUAUAAAAUGUAACCCAAUUUUAUGUCAUGAAAGCCAAACCACCUGUAUAAAUAAAAUCUACACAUUAGAUUCAAAUUGUCCUUAACCUAGCAGCAUCGUGAUACCAGCAUCUCCAAGUAUAAGGUGUCUUCUGCUAAAAUUUAGUAAAAAAUACGUUUUGUACUAAAAGUGAGCUCUACCUGAAUGGUGUUGGACACAAUAUAGGUAUUUUUUUCUGUCUAUUUCAGCAGUGUACCAACUUACCAUGCAUGGCUUUGCAGCGUCAUACUAUUGGGACAUGCUCUAUAUAAUGGUGCUAUAAAUAUUGAUCAUUUUUAGUUUGGUUGGAAUAUGAUCUUUCUGGGCUGCGGUGAAAUCACGUUAGUUCUGGAAAUUGCAGUCUUUCAAAAAGUGUUCUGUUAGAGGUAAAAGUACAGAUCUGUCUAACGUACUAGAAUCCCAUUUAUGUGGUCUUUUUACUGCUUCUGCAUAUACACCCUUCACUUGUGUAGAUGUCCAGGUUUAAGUCUCCUUUUUAGGCGUUCAGUCUCAGCGCGUUAUUGUAAUGAGCAAUCUGUUCCUUAUACUGGCUAUCUUUUUUUAAAACCUUUUUAGACCACAACUUGUGAGCUAAGUAAAUUCUACUUUCCCAUUUUUGUAUUUUUUUUUUUUGAAAAGCCGUGUACAUUAAGCCUCCUAAAUCCACAGUUUACCGACUGUUAUGCUGUGUCUGCACAUUUAACGUUUUUUUGUUUUUUUUUUCUUUCUCUGGAUUACUUGGAAUGCCUUUUUUAUACUGGAAGUUAAGCAAGGGAAAAAAUUACCGUGACAGUAUUAUGUAUUUUUUUUUCUUUAAUCUUUGUUUUUCUAAUAGUUGCUGUAAUUUAAUGCGUUUAUAAAAUGUAUUGUAGCUACAGUAAAUUUCAAAUAUCGCCAAGACUAGUUUUUGUUUUGGGUAUUUGACUAUUUUGGACAUGUUUGUCUAUGGUUGGGGUGUUUUUUUUUUUUUUUUUUAACGUGGUCCUUAAGGAUGGAAUAGGAUAUAUUUCCAGUGUUCCUUAGCCUGCUGCUUGUGAACUUGUGCUGUUUUCCAUCUAGCUCGUCUACAAACCUGCUGCUUGCUGAUACCUAUGGCUUUUACCACUUAAAUGACAAAUAAAACUGGAAACAUUAUUAUAUGCA